AGAGAGAGAGAGAGAGAGAGAGAGAGAGAGAGAGAGAGAGAGAGAGAGAAAGAGAGAGAGAGAGAGAGAGAGAGAGAGAGAGAGAGAGAGAGAGAGAGAGAGAGAGAGAGAGAGACAGAGAGACAGAGAGACAGAGACAGAGACUUACUGACAGAGAGACUAAGCAGAAUAAGAAAUAAUAUAUUUAAAGGAUACAUUUAUCUUUGCAACUUUCCGUUUGGCCCGGAAACAUGCAUGUGUCAGUCGCGACGCGCAAUAUCAGAAAGAACUUAGUGACGCAACCUUAUCCCCUGUUUUAUAAUAAUAAUAAUCAUUAAAAGGGGAGUUUAUUUACAAUCUGAUAUCACCCAUUGCCUACAAGGAUUCUAUGUCCCAAGCAGCUUACGUAAAGUCAUGGCGCCCAAAUGCAGCUCAUGCCGAGGGCUCUUCGACUCCUGCAAGCGGCUCCCUCUCCUGCUUCCAAACUGCGGCCACACCUGCUGUAAGGCGUGUCUGGUGCGCCUCGUGCAGCACCGCGGUUACCUGUGCUCCAUCUGCAGGACGAAGCAAGGAAUCUCGGAUGUAGACGCUCUCCACGUGAAUCAUUCCCUACUCGAGGAGAUUCUCUCUAUGGGCGACGAAACGCCGGAGCCUCCGAGCGCGGAUGAGACCGCCUGCGCCCGGCACCCCGGCGUGCGGCUGGCCUUCUGGUGCGCUACGUGCCGCUCCGCCCUGUGUGGGGAGUGCGUUGUGGAGCUGCAUCCUCGGCCGAAACAUCAGGUCGCCCGGUUUCAAGAGGUCAUGGUGGAGAUGAGACGCCACGUGCAGACAGUGCUGCAGACGGUCAUCGACGACACUGAGAAAGCGAUGAAGGACUGCCAGAAAGAAGGGGAGGAAGCUGGCGCCCACAACAAAGCGCUUGAGGACCUUUCCCAGUCAAUCCUGGAGAGUGCGCUGAAGUUAGUGCUUGCCGCAACCAUUCUCGAGAGCCAGAGAAUCGACGUCAAAGACGAUGAAAGAAAGUUAAAGAAGCUUGAAGAAGCUGCUUGCAAAAUGUUCUGUGACAUCCCUCGAGGCAUCUCGGGGUGGGCUGCCAUUAAGGAUCUUCAGACGUAUGCAAAGAAAGUAGAUGAGUUCAAAAACAACGUAUAUGAGAACAUCAGCGCUAGAGAAUCACACAGAAAUCUUCACCAUAACGCUUCCAAAGAAACCGCGAAAGCCGUGGCAGCGAAGUGCAACGAAUUCAUUGAGCAGGUCACGUCGCAAUGGCCCGACCGUCACAUGACGCUAGGGAAGGCGGGAGGGUUGCAAGCAAGGCUUCAGUAUGCAGAGAAGCGGCUUCACUUUCACUGCCCAAGAAAAGCUUCAAAGGAUGAGACGAUAACGCAGAUGAAGCACUGGAGCCUCCUGCAGUGCCUAACGACACAGGCGCAGGUGCUCGUCUUCGUCGACCUGCACGACGGUGAACACGGAGACACGAAGAGGGUGUAUAUCAAGAUGACGUCGGAGCACACCCACAGUCAGCACUUCCUGCGCCUCUGCGCCGGCCACCACAAGGCGUCCUUCCUGAACAGUGCGCUGGCGACAAGGCGUGAAGACAGCAGCACAGUCGUUGUCGUGUUGGCGUCCCUGAAUGGAAUCGCGACGGAUAAAGGGAAGGGAACAGCACCGAAAGAGCUGCAGAAAGGAGACGUGGUGUCCAUAUCGGGAGAAGUGACACAGGUGUGUGUCGUGAUGGAGGCCAGGCAAGGGGCGACCUUGGCUUGCACCUAUAUAGGAAAAGUCACAUCAGGACUAGAUGCGGUCAUCAAGAGCAACGGCAAUCUUGCCAAAGGAAAAGUUUGUGUCAAAGACUGUGGGAUUGCAUGGCAAAUUUAACAUUCGCAAAUGGACUAAAUGCAACACUGAAAUGGCUGAUGUAGAAUUGAUGGCUGAUGUAGAAUGGAUUCACUUUACCCCAUCACGUUUCACGCUAUGUAUUCACACCACUCAUUACGUCAGGUCACGUCACCGUUCCGUGAAUAGCUUCGCCCAGCUCGAACUUGUCCAAGUAAUCCUGGUGCCUCAUCCGCUUGGGCUGAAGAAGAGAAUUGCACUGCUGUUAGAGGAACACAUCAACUCAAAUAAAGAAAAAGAUAUACUUACGUAAAGGCAUGAGGAAAACACCAAUUGAAGGAGAAUAUUUUUUUUACAUUUUUCAGCCAUUUUGAGUGUCAACAUUCAAAUUCAACCAUUUGUUAAAGAAGAAAUAUCUUUGCAAGAACACUACUUUUCGGAUAUCAAUUGCACCAAAAGACAGACUGGCUAUAUGCUGAAGGAAUGGAACCAGCACGCCACGUUGAAAAGAACCCGUGCCGUUAUGUGAUGUCACAUGACGGUGUAGUGUGAAUAUACCCAUUUGUUUACCUAGAAGUUUUGAUGUGAGGUUACGUGAUGUGAUAUGACGGUAUGCUGAGAAUCAGCCCUAACGAGGAAGGAAGAAUAAAAUAUUGACGAGAAUAUUCCCUGACCAUAUUAUGCUCUUAUUUUGUUACGAAUUUCAGUGGUUUGUCUUAAAAUAUUUAUCUAACGACUGUAAGCAUUGGUUACUUCUUUAGUCGUAUAUAGUUCAUAUUUAACAAGACUCAAGAUGAUAGUACAAAGCGCCUUUUUUGGAUGCCGGUUAUUUCAAGAUUUCCUGAAAUAUAAAACUUUUUGCUCAUUCCAGUUUCUGACGGGGUCAGAUAUCUUGGUCUGGUUUCGGAACCAUACCAAGCAUUUUCACACUUUCUCCAGAGUAAGCUUCCAAGUUUCAUGCCACAGUAACAAAGAAACCGCUAACAUGGCCGACCGAUAUGAGUGAUUCUGAUAGAAAUCCCCUAUUAAAUUAAUAAUUUUGUUGCCAAUAGAUAAGAAUAAACUACCAAACUGUGGUCAUAUCUGUGCCGACUAGAAGCAUGAAUUAGGUUAUAUUAAUAGCUUUAUUAAUUUCUGAAAGAUAUGAUUGAUAUAAUUGUAAUAUGGCCCCCUUGGCGACGUUCGAGGAAAAAAUUCAAACAUUUGUUCUUAAUAGCUGAUAUUAUCCUUUUAAACUGUUUCCCUAAUAUGUUUUUAUUUAAUUUAUUCAAACCUUUUAUGCUACAAAGUAUAUUCAUGAUUAAAAAUAAUAUCAGUCCCUAUCUCUUCGUCAGGUAAUACAAAAACAAGACGUGAAAGAUUACCUAAAUUCACUCUGAUUACCAAGAGCGCUCAGUCCUUGUCCUGCUGCAAUUACUCCACCACGAGCCUAGGUCUAAAUAAGUAAGGUCUCGUCACUGAGCUACUCAAAUGCGUCCGUCUCGCGCAUGACAUCAUAGGGCGUAAUGCCCGGGGGUUCGAUUAUAAUCAUAUAUAUAUAUAUAUAUAUAUAUAUAUAUAUAUAUAUAUAUAUAUAUAUAUAUAUAUAUAUAUAUAUAUAUAUAUGUAUAUAUGUAUAUAUAUGUAUAUGUAUAUGUAUAUGUAUAUGUAUAUAAAUAUAAGCUCUACCUCGAUUUUAUAAAUGUAUGCCAUGGUGCUGUGAUACCUUAGUUGUAUGAUUUGUUAUAGUAAAUUCGUCGAAGCGUUUCGACUUUACAUAUGACUUGUUAGAAUUUAAAAAAAAUAUCCUUCAUAUCCCAUGGCUUCUUCGUUCAUUUUACAUUUUUAUUAUAACAUACCUAAGCUACAGCAUAAAGAAAUAUAAAAUUGAAACCAACUAAAAUAUAUAGUAUAUACCUACAAAUAAUCACUGUUAAUUAUUACCUGUAAAAUCUGUCCAGUGUUCAAAUCGCCAGAACAAGCCAGCAUCUAUUACUUUAGUUUUUUCUCCCCCCCCCCUUCCCCGUUCUCAGCCUCGCCGUGUGACGUCAUAGGCCUUAUCCUCCGAAACUGAGUUCGCUCGUUCGUUUGAGAUUUGCGAAGAUCUAGCUUCACCCGGGCUUUUUAUGGCCGACGAAACCUUGCUACGAGCGGGAACAACCGGUCAUUACAUAUUGCGUAAAUUUCUUUACACGGAUUAGCCUCCGGGCUAGUACAGUGGUAACGUGUCGGCCUCUCAUCCGAGGGGUCGGCGGUUCGCGCAAAGUUGCAAUUGUCGCCUGGAGGUUACUGCUGUGGCUGGGCACCACGGUAGGUAAGGACUAAGCUCAUCCGAGUCAGCAGCUGCUGACACACUGUUAGCGAGUCGACAUUAGUCGGCACAGCCGGGCUCCCCCAUAGCCCGGGCGAGGCUCAGCUUCGCAAAUCGAACUUAUCCUUAUCCUUACAUGGAUUGUGGUAACGUGUCGGCUUCUCAUCCGAGGGGUCGGCGGUUCGCGCCCCGCCCAGGCGCGAGAAGUUGCAAUUGUCGCCUGGAGGUUACUGCUGUGGCUGGGCACCACGGUGGGUAAGGACUAAGCUCAUCCGAGUCAGCACCUGCUGACACACUGUUAGCGAGUCAACAUUAGUCGGCACAGGCCGGGCGAGGCUUAGCUUCGCAUAUCGGACUUAUCCUUACAAUGAUUUGGGACCGUUUUUGACGAAAACGACAAACUAUAGUUUGCUUACGUUUCUCGUCAAAAAUGCGCCUACGUAAUUAACUUCAGCAUACUUCCCACGGUAUGUUAGUGUUUUACUCUUCAUGCACUAAACAUUGCACUGUAAACAGUUUGUAACUACACCAUGCAUAUAGUUCAGCCCUGCGUUCCGCUCAGCCCUGCAUUCCGUUGGGCUACGAAGCACGCGAUUUCAACGGAACAGCCUGUAGCGCGAUACUGUAUUUUUUUUUAGGUGCGUCCAGCAGACGAUGGUUCAUUGCUUACAAACACUGCUAAUGUAGAAGCCAAGAAAUAUUAUUCGGUAUGGAUUCUGUCAUAUGAGCUUUUAAGAUCAACUGAAACCUAAUGGGUACUUCUUGGCUGGUAUUUGACUAAAUAUUCAGGUGCAAAAGAUGUUAAAUGUGAAGAAACAUGAGAGCAAGCCUAUAAGCCUAGCUGCUGGACUAUUAAUGGAAGAUAUGAUAUGUAAAGAUAAGAAGCGAACUGUUGUAAAUACCAGCACAAAUAAAAUCCAUAGUAAAUGUGCUCACAAACAAAAUUGAAAAGAACUUGUGCGUGUCAAUACUACAUUUGAGCGUCCCGUUCGAGAGUAGUGUUUGUAACGCAUUAAAAUGUUGAGUAUUUUCCAACGGAACGCAAGGCAGGAUUUACACGGCUACAGGUCUAUGCUUAUUAAAUUUACGGACACUGAGUACUUUCCGUUUGGUCAACACGUUUAAUUCCCAAAUCUAGGAAGCUACUGGCGUUGACUAUAUAUUUAGUAUUAGUUGAAUUCUAAUUACGACUUACGAAAUUUAAUGUAGUAGGGAACCAAUGUUCAGUUAGCGAAGUCACUCAUGAAUGCAAUGGCGUUGAUUACUUGGAGCGGAAUUUCAAAAGGGAAAAUAAGGGUACUAUCUGGAGUUCUCCUUUCCCUCAUUAUGCAAAGUCACCAUUGUCUGCAUUCUAAAUUAUACUCUAAUUAGUGUGAAAUAUCACUCAAGAAUAAAAUUGUAAUACAAGCUAUAUAGUGUCAAUAAGCAAACGUUUUUUAUCUGUUUGCAUUACAGUUAAAAGCUACUGCAGAAAUGUGUUACGAAUUAAUUCUUGGUUGUUUCUUGUCACUCUGUAUCAGAAAACUAUUUUUAAAUAAACAUUUUUUUCUUA